UAUGGCCCAGUUCUAUUACAAGAGAAGUGUCAAUGCCCCUUACAGAGAUCGUAUCCCUCUUCGCAUCGUACGAGCGGAAUCUGAGCUUUCACCUGCUGAGAAAGCCUAUUUGAAUGCUGUGGAAAAAGGAGAUUAUGCCAGUGUGAAGCAAGCCCUGGAAGAAGCAGAAAUUUAUUUCAAGAUCAACAUUAAUUGUAUCGACCCUCUUGGAAGAACAGCUCUCCUCAUUGCAAUAGAAAAUGAGAACCUGGAGCUCAUAGAGCUGGUCUUGAGCUUUAACGUCUAUGUUGGGGACGCCUUGCUGCACGCCAUCAGAAAGGAGGUGGUCGGAGCUGUGGAGCUGCUGCUGAACCACAAGAAGCCCAGUGGAGAAAAGCAGGUGCCACCCAUACUUCUGGAUAAGCAGUUCUCAGAAUUUACACCAGACAUUACACCCAUUAUCCUGGCUGCCCAUACAAACAAUUAUGAGAUCAUAAAACUUUUAGUACAGAAGGGUGUUUCAGUCCCCAGACCACAUGAAGUUCGUUGUAACUGUGUGGAGUGCGUCUCCAGCUCGGAUGUGGACAGCCUCCGCCAUUCCCGAUCCAGGCUAAAUAUCUACAGAGCUCUUGCAAGCCCAUCAUUGAUUGCCCUGUCAAGUGAGGAUCCUUUUCUUACUGCUUUCCAGUUAAGCUGGGAACUUCAGGAACUGAGCAAAGUGGAAAAUGAGUUUAAAUCUGAAUAUGAAGAACUGUCACAGCAAUGUAAGCAAUUUGCAAAAGAUCUCUUGGAUCAGACACGGAGUUCUAGGGAACUGGAAAUUAUUCUUAACUACAGAGAUGAUAACAACCUAAUAGAGGAACAGAGUGGUAAUGAUCUGGCUAGAUUGAAACUGGCAAUUAAGUACCGUCAGAAAGAGUUUGUUGCCCAACCAAACUGCCAACAACUCCUUGCCUCUCGCUGGUACGAUGAGUUCCCAGGCUGGAGGAGGCGUCACUGGGCUGUGAAGAUGUUGACUUGCGUCAUCGUUGGAUUCCUUUUCCCCGUCUUCUCUGUCUGCUACAUGAUAGCUCCCAAGAGCCCGCUGGGGCUGUUCAUCAGGAAACCGUUCAUCAAAUUUAUCUGCCAUACGGCAUCCUACUUGACUUUCUUGUUCCUCCUGUUGCUUGCCUCUCAACACAUUGACAGGUCUGAUCUUAACAUGCAGGGGCCUCCGCCUACUAUCGUCGAGUGGAUGAUAUUACCGUGGGUCCUGGGGUUUAUCUGGGGUGAAAUUAAACAAAUGUGGGAUGGCGGCCUGCAGGAUUAUAUUCAUGACUGGUGGAACUUGAUGGAUUUCGUAAUGAACUCAUUAUACCUAGCAACGAUAUCUUUGAAAAUUGUUGCAUUUUCAAAGUACAGUGGGCUGCUCCCAAGACAGAGUUGGGAUAUGUGGCACCCGACAUUGGUGGCCGAGGCACUGUUUGCUAUUGCAAACAUUUUUAGUUCUCUGCGCCUGAUCUCAUUAUUCACUGCAAAUUCUCAUCUGGGACCACUGCAGAUCUCGCUUGGAAGAAUGUUACUGGACAUUUUAAAGUUUCUUUUCAUCUACUGUCUUGUGCUGCUAGCUUUUGCAAAUGGACUUAACCAGCUAUAUUUCUAUUAUGAAACAACUGAACCCAAUCGCUGCAAAGGGAUACGGUGUGAAAAUCAAAACAAUGCAUUUUCAACUUUGUUUGAAACCCUCCAGUCACUGUUUUGGUCUGUCUUUGGACUUAUCAACCUGUACGUGACCAAUGUUAAAGCACGGCAUGAAUUCACUGAGUUCGUUGGGGCUACGAUGUUUGGUACCUACAACGUCAUCUCUUUGGUUGUCCUGCUCAACAUGUUGAUAGCGAUGAUGAACAAUUCCUAUCAGCUCAUUGCUGAUCAUGCAGACAUUGAAUGGAAAUUUGCUCGAACAAAACUUUGGAUGAGUUACUUUGAAGAAGGAGGAACUCUGCCCACUCCUUUCAAUGUUAUACCAAGUCCAAAGUCCUUCUGGUACCUGGUGAGAUGGCUGUGGAGACAACUGUGCAGGAAGAAAAUUAGAAAGAAACCUGAAAGUUUUGGAACAAUUGGGAGGCGUGCAGCUGAUAAUUUAAGAAGGCAUCAUCAGUAUCAGGAGGUCAUGAGAAACCUGGUUAAGAGAUACGUGGCAGCCAUGAUAAGAGAUGCUAAAACCGAAGAGGGGUUGACAGAAGAGAAUUUUAAGGAAUUAAAGCAAGAUAUUUCCAGUUUUCGUUUUGAGGUUCUGGGUCUGUUAAAAGGAAACAAAUUGUCUAAUUUGCCUUCUUCAAAAAUCAGCAGAGAAGCCUCCUCUUUGCCAGAAUCUGAUGAAGGGAGUGAAAAUGGAGGAAAUGAGAAAGUUCGGAAGAAAAAACUUAGCCUUUUUGACAUAACGACAAUGAUUCACCCCGGAGCAGUGGCCAGAGCCUCUGACGCCCACAGCCAGAGCAAUGGGUCAGCAAUGAUGGCAGCAGAGACCGCCAAGGAAAAGCAAAAGAAAGUCAACUUUGUGACUGAUGUAAAGAAGUUUGGUUUCUUUCACAGACAAUCAAAAAACAGCUCUACUGAGCACAGUACAAACAAAAUCUACUCCAUUUCUGAAGAAGUUUCCCGUCAACAAGCUGAAGUACAGUGUGAGAAGGUCACUGAGUUGGGAGAGAAAGCGCUGGUUCUGAACUGUGAAUUAAACACUCAGAGUCCCAUUGAAAAGGGCACAAUGGCCACGUAUAAACAAGCUAAAAACAAGACUUUGGAUUCUAAAUUGGCUGUUUCUUCUGAAAUGAAGAAGACCAAGACACAGGACACUGAUCUGCCCGUGCCAAAGGGUUUACUGGACAAUCAGCAAGACUUCAGUAGUGACUCCAGUGUGAAACAAGAGACAGUUGUUCAGGACACUUACCUGACAACAAGGUUGUGAUGAGUACAUGCAGAGCCUA